GUCGAGCGGGAAGGGUGUUGGUGUUGCUCCGUUACGACCUGGCCCAGCUGGUGUUGCUGCCCGCUGCCGGACUCUCCUCUCCCCUCGCACCGCCUCGAUUUGUCUUCAUUCCCCAAGAUCUAUUGAGAAUGACGCUACUGGGAAACUGUUACGGUUUAUUAACUUCUGAGAAGAAUUUAUCCCGGGAGAAAGGCUGCACGUCGCGAUACGAAUUAUUAGUCAUCCGCGGAAAUACCUGUUUUAUAUUUUUUUCCUAUUGUAACAAAUAAAUAGAGAGCAGAUACACGGCAAAAAACAAGCACGGGGUAAGAAAAUACCAAAAAAGAAAAAAGAAAACAGCAGUCGGCGCAGAGCAGAGAACCCGAAAGAGUCCCCGCGGCCGAGCGUCGCUUUCGGGCAGCACAUGGCCAGGAAACCCGAAAUCCGUCAGACAGAGUGGAGGUCUGGCCGCGGACGGUGAGAGAGUGAGCUCCGUGCGGGUGGAGAGUGAAAGCCAGUGGGCGUUCGUGACAUUGAGCAGCGCCUGCCUAACCACCUGCCGCAGGUUAUAAGUGUCUUUCCUGAGUCGUCCUUGGGGUUCGCCAGUGCCUGAAGAGAUUGAGGCUGGAGUCUCGAGAAGGGGCGAGUGAAGAUGGGUUUGUUUAUCGCUGCGCUGGUCGGGUCUGUGCCUUCGUCAGCGAUGAGAGAAUAACACCCAAGUGCUGCGUGGAGAGAAAGUUAAAAUCGCAUGGCCUGAGAAAAACCGCAAGGAAACCAGUUCAACAACGAGACAACAGUGAUUUCGAAAGUUGAGAUUUUCAAUUGCAAUGUUGAGGCGAGCUAUUGAAAUGUUGAGAACAAGUCGCGCCGUGCAAGGUUUGUGUUCCGUACAUUAUAUACAAGUGCAUACCGUUUGACGCUGGUGGCCAGGGCUUGCGACGUUUUGCAGGAUUACGUAAAAGUUGAAGCGAGUGUUGAGCUGUUGUUUGUCCGCUGAGUCCAGAGCAGGGCGCCUGUCCCUCCUGUGAUAACGCGGUCUAUGAGUCACUGAAAUUAUGCAUCAACUGCCAGUGUUAUAGUGCCUGACGUAUUCUUUUUUUUCAUCCAUGUGGUCGAGGACACGCAUGAGCUCGGGUGCCUUUCCCACUCUCAUUUCCUUUGGUGCGGCGGCUAGCGAUGCGAACCGGUGUCUGUGUUAUUUUAUCAUCCUGACAAGAGUGAUCGUCGUCCCGAUAUUGUGCCUAUAUGAACAUCAAUAACUUUCGUCUACUGUGGAGCACGAAAGAGGUCCAUAGAUGAAUACAAGAAAUUAGCUAACCUAUGUUAAAGCCUUCACAACUACCAAACAUUGAAAACAUUCCAUACCAUAGAAAUGAUCAAACCCCAGAAAUGAGAACGACUUAGAAAGAGCUCAGAGCCAGGAGGUGUCCCAGUGUGCAUCAAGCGUGCAGGAGAGACGGAGCGUCGCCUCCCUCCUCCCCCAGUAUCCCGCCGCUUCUCCUCCUCAGCGCCCGACCCAGCUGUGCCUCGGGCCGAUGCAGUGGCACCAGAAACUCGGUGCCAUGUUCGCGCACCGCUACACGCUCGUGGCGCAGGACGAGGACUACAAUGUCUACAGUAAGGAGCUGGUGGGGCUGUCGAGGCCCCGGGUGUGGCGGAACCUCCUGCUGGGGACCGUGGGCGUGAUGCUCAUCGUCGCCGCCGCCAUAGGGAUCGUCAUCGCCACUCGCCGAAGCGGCAGCCCCGCCCCCCUCACCUCGGCGCUCACGGCCUCUCCCGGAGGCAUAGACCUGAUCGAGGUGCUCAAUGGUACUUUCUCCGCCAACUCCUUCAACGGAACGUGGAUUUCCGACAACGAAUUCUUGUUCCGAAGCGAGAACGGCGCCCUCAACAUGUUCACCGUCGAGACGCAGUCCACGGAGGAAUUGGUCAACAAGGAUAUCAUGGCGGAGUGGCGUCCCUUCAAGUACAGUCUGUCCCCAAGCAGGAAAUUCCUUCUGGUUGUUCAUGAUAUACAGAAGCUGUUCCGUUACUCCUACCUCGCUCGCCACACCAUUCUUAACCUUGAGACCGGGGAGGCCAUCCCUCUGGCGCCUCAGCGGGUCAGGUCCAGGAAUGACCAGCCGCCGCUCCUGUAUGCCACCUGGGCGCCCACUGACGACGCCCUCGCCUUCGUGUCCCACAAUGACCUUUACUACACCACUGGCCCCGACUUGGCCACCAUGUACAGGCUGACUGACACUGGCCAGAUCGGUAGCAUCUUUAACGGCAUCCCCGACUGGGUGUAUGAAGAGGAGAUUCUGAGCUCCAACUCCGCCCUGUGGUUCGGCCCCAACGGCCUGCGCCUCGCCUUCGCCACCUUCAACGACUCCCGCGUCGACACCAUGAACUUCCCUCUCUAUGGCCGCCCCGGGGACCUCUCGUUCCAGUAUCCCAUCCAGCAGUCCAUUAAAUACCCGAAGCCUGGUCGAUUCAACCCCGUGGUGGACCUGUGGGUGGUGGACCUGGCCAAGCUGAUCAGUGGAAGCAGCGACACCGUGACGCGCCUGCCUCCGCCUGCCACCCUGGCGAACGUGGACCAUUACUUCACCACGGUGGGCUGGGCCUCGCCAGACUACGUGUCCGUCAACUGGAUGAACAGACAUCAGAAUGUGAACAUCAUGAGCAUCUGCCAGGCUGAGACGGGCGUGUGUUCGGACGACCUCGUCCACGAGUCUCCGGACAAGGCCUGGAACGACCUCUAUACUCCCCCCAUGUUCGACGAGGCCAGCGGCGACACUUACCUGAUUGUCCUGCCCACGUUCCAGGGCGACAAGGGGCACUUCAAGCACAUUAACUUCCGACGAUCAUCGGACAAGACCUUAACCCCGCUGACCACUGGCACCUACGAGGUUGUAGAUAUUCUGUCGUGGGACCGCAAGAACCAUAUUGUGUACUUCACAGCCGCCCCAUCAGGAAGACCAGGACAGCGUCACAUUUAUUACGUUGGCGACCUGUCAUCACCUCAGCCAAAACAAGCUUACUGUAUCACCUGUGGUUUCAAGAAUGACUUUAAUGAGGACUGUAAUUACAACAGUGCAGAGAUGAGCAAAGACAGUACUUAUUAUGUGUUGACAUGUGGAGGACCAGGCAUUCCCCAAGUCACCCUGCAUCGUGCAUCCGACCACUCAAGGCUCAUGCUUAUCGAGGAUAACCAAGAGGUUCGUGAGCGACUCCUAGAUCGAUCCUUGCCCCUGGAGAAGCGCCUGGAAAUUGAUGUCGCAGGCGGAUUCAAGGCUCAGGUCUCCAUGAAACUUCCUCCUGAUUACAACCCAACACGGUUCCAGAGCUACCCUAUGCUGGUUUAUGUAUAUGGAGGCCCAGGAUCCCAGCUUGUGAGCGAUCGAUUCCGAAUUGACUGGGGCGACUACUUGGCCUCCGAGCGGGGAAUCAUUUACGCUUCCAUUGAUGGUCGGGGCUCAGGCUAUUCUGGAGACAAGCUUCUCCAUUCUCUGUACUAUGGCCUCGGAACAGCUGAGGUUGAGGACCAGAUUGCAGUGACAUCAGCUCUGCAGAAGUCCUUCCCAUUCAUUGAUUCUUCCCGAACGGCCAUUUGGGGAUGGUCCUAUGGUGGUUACGUGACUGCUGCUGCCUUAUCAAAGGAUGUAAACAAUGUCUUCAAGUGUGGCAUCUCAGUUGCACCUGUGACUUCCUGGAUCUAUUAUGAUACUGUAUACACUGAAAGGUACAUGGGUCUCCCUACACCUGAUGAUAACCUGCGUGCUUAUGAUGCCUCAGACAUAACUAGAAAUGUCACAAACUUUAGAAAUAAAGAAUUCUUCCUCAUACACGGGACUGCUGAUGACAAUGUGCAUUACCAACAGUCUAUGAUGUUAUCCCGAGCAUUAGAAGUAAACGACAUUCUGUUCAGAUCACAGAGCUAUCCUGACGAGAACCACGGUCUGGCAGGAGUCAAGAGGCAUCAUUACCACAGCAUGGAAGACUUCCUGAAUGACUGCUACAACAAAGCAUAAUCAUCACUUCUUUUAACAUGAUGUCUGUGUAAUAAUUUCUUUCAUAUUCCAUAAAAAAAAGCCAUAUAUUUUGUUAAUUUCCACAAAUGGGUAUCUUUUUCUAUUGCUCACUGAAAAUACAUAUAUAUAUAAAAUAUUUAAAA